AUGUGGGUGGCUUUCCGCAACUACUGGGGCCCUGAAUUACGUAAAGAGCAGGCAGCCAGCCCCGUGGCCGACCCCAGCCAGGAGUGGAAAGUGGCGAAGAUCCAACGGGUCCUCAUCAACCCUGCCAACGAGCUGAGGAAAGCAGGUCCCUCCCGCCGCGCCAGCCUCUCUGAGAAGGAGCUGAAGGAGGCGAAGGCGCGGAGCCGGAGGAUUGCGGCGCAGCUCACCACGGUGCCUGGCCCCAGCUCCAAGGGCGUCCUGCUCUUCAACCGCCGCAAGCAGCGCGCUGCGGCCCAGGCCAGCGCCCGCCCGGCAGAGGCCCCCCCUCCUGCCGAACUGCCCCCACCACCCACCUAUGCGGAGACCCUGAGCAGCCCCCCGCCACUCACCCGUGUCCGCUCGCCCCCCUCCUACUCGGCCCUGUACCCACCCCCAGAGCAGAAGAUGCUGCCAGGUCCCCCCCAGGGCUGCGGGGUGAGCGGACCGAACCCCCUGCCCAAAACGGGGAUCCUGGAGGAGUCGGCUGCCCGGAGAGCUGGCAAAAAGUCCAUGUUCACCUUUGUCGAGAAGCCAAAGCUGGGCCCCAACCCCGACCUGCUGGACCUGGUCCAGAGCGCAGACAGCAGGAAGAAGCAGAAGGAUCAGGGGGAGCCCGGUGCUGAGGAUGAGCCCUUCGCCCUCGGGGCUGAAGCCGCCAACUUUGUCCCCAACAGCGCGGCCAGGGACGGGCAGAACGUCCCGCCAGCCGACGAUGGUCCCGCGUGGUCCUCCUACCAUCCAGCCCAAGCCGAAGCCACAGCCCAGCCACAACCUCAGCGAAGCGAGAGGGAAGGGGGCCGAGCUCUUCGCCCGCCGGCAGUCCAGGAUGGAGAAGUUCAUCAUCGAGGCUCCCUCCCAGCCCAAGCUGCUGCGGUCCCCGUCGCCCACCAUGUCCCUGCCUCCCUCCUGGAAGUACGAUGCCAACGCUUGCCUGUCGCCCAUGGUCUCCAGACACCCCUCCAAGAGUCCCUCCAGGCCCUCCAAAACCCCUCCGGCAUCUCUGUACGGCAGCAACCUGAUGGAGAAUGAGGUCUCCCAGAAGGAGCUAGAGAUUUCCAAGCACCAGCCCUACCAGCUCCAGUCUUCGCUCUUCAUCCUCUCCCCAUCCAAGGGGCCAGCGAGGUCCAUACCCCGGGAGAUGCCUCCACCCAGACCCUCUCUUCCUGACGCCUACCCUUACCCCCAGCAAACCUCCUGCCCGACCUCUCCAUUGCCUCCUUCCCCCAUUUGGCAUGCUCCCGCUGUGCCCGGCGCCGGCCAGACAACCUCCAGCCCCUUCCCCGGUGCCACAGGGGGA